CCCUCAACCUGUGUUUCGCGAAUGUCAGAUGUGCGUCUGUUUGGGGACAGCGAGACACAGCAGGAUAAGCGCACGUUGAUCCGAGAAAGAAAAACGUAUUUUUGAUAGAUGGCUACAAUGUUACUUCUUAUUAACUAACAUUGUCUACUUAUUUCCAUUUCUAGUUUGAAAUCACGAGUUUGCCGGUAAAGAUCUCCAGCCUGCUGUAAGACAUGUCGUUGGCAGAGCCAGCAGAGUUGCUGCUGAUAAGGGACCAGUAUGACCUUGCGUUGGAGUGUCUCACCAGGGGCCUGGCGGCUGACCAGGCAGGACAGGGGCCCCAGGCCCUGGAGCUGUACAGGAGGGGCCGGCAGCACCUAACCCUGGGCCUGGAGGUCCCUACCAGGGGGCCACAGAACCAGGGAGCCCCCUGGGACACGGCCAGGCAGUUGCAGCAGAAGAUGAGGGAGACUCUGACUAACAUCAGCACCCGACUAGCUAACAUGGAGACCGCAGGGGUGGGGACAGCGGGCCAGGGAGGCCCGGCGUUGGUGGAUCUAGUGGAUCUCUCUGCCCAGUGCCUCUACCCCACCCUGGGGCCUCUACCCCACCCUCUGCCCAGUGCCUCUACCCCACCCCACCCCCACCCUAUGCAGCCGCCUGGUUCCUCCAACCCCCUCCUCCAUCUCUACCCCACACUGCCACCCGGGGCUACCCCAACAGACAGCCUCUCUGCCGGGGCUACAGGCAGCACCAUGGCCCCCUCCCUGCCCAUCCUCCCUGCCCUGCCCUUGGGACUCCCAGGAGAGCAGCCCCCAGCCUACACCCCACAGCCCACCGACGGGCACCACAGCCUGGCUUAUAGCCCAGCCGGAGGAGGGGGUCUGGGGGGGCAGAGGGUUGGGGGACCUCCACAGCCUGAGGGAGGGGUAGGGGGGGACGGAGAGGAGCUUCUGUUCCUCCCUCGGGGGGUGCAGAUGUUUUUCGUGUCGUCGGAUGGCCAGGUGAGCGCCCCGUCGUACCCGGGUUAUCUACGCAUCGUCAGGUUCAGCAGCCAGCUCAACGACAAGGCCAACGGAGGAGUGUCAGUCUUCCUACACGUGUGUGACUGGCUGUACCCCCUGACCCCAGACACCCCAGUGCUGCUGUCUACCUCUGGGAUCUUUAUGUUUCCUAACACCAUGGCGGGGAUUCCUGGGUCCUACGUAGGGGUUGUGCUGUCCUCAGAACUGCCUGCAGCAGACAGACAUGCCUUUCAGGACCUC